GAAGGCCAAUGAUGCUCAAUACGGUGUGCUGACAGAAAUUGUGCCAACUUCAUUAAGGACUAUGCUGUUAAGAAGACACGUGGUCUUUUUUUGGUACUACCGAGGUUAUUAAUCUGUCACGUGCAUCGUACGUCGAUUUGAUGGAUGUGAGCUAGGUCAUGAGGUCUUAUUGGGCCGUUCUCCGGUCGGUGACGCGCAUCGUCGAGAAAGCGCUAGGCCGAGAGAGCUUCACUCUUAGUGUGAUGGAUAUACCGUGGUCAGCCUUGUGUGGCAUGGUGAGAUUCGCUGGUUUUUAUGACUCCAGCGAAAGGCCAGGAUAUCCAACCGCGGCGUGAUCUCACCCGUUUCGUACGAUGGCCCAAAUACAUUCGCUUGCAGCGCCAGAAGGCAAUCCUGUACCAGCGCAUCAAGGUUCCCCCUGCAAUUAAUCAGUUCACGCAGACCCUUGACAAGCAGACAACUGUCAGUCUUUUGAAAUUACUCGAAAAGUACCGGCCAGAAGACAAGAAGGCGAAGAAAGAGCGUCUUCGUGCUCGUGCCGAAGCCAAGGCUGCCGGUAAGGCCGAUGAGCCUGGAAAACGUCUUUUGAGCGUUCGCAUGGGUGCCAACGCUGUCACCACCCUAGUGGAGCAGAAGAAGGCUCAGCUGGUAGUGAUUGCCCACGAUGUCGAUCCCAUUGAACUCGUUUUGUUCAUGCCAGCCCUCUGCCGUCGUAUGGGUGUUCCGUACUGCAUUAUUAAAGGCAAGGCACGCCUCGGCACUCUCUGCCGGAGGAAAACCUGCUCUGCUAUCGCGUUGACUGGGGUCAAUCCCGAAGAUAAGGGUGCUCUGUCAAAGGUAGUAGAGUCCAUCAAAACCAACUUCAACGAUCGCUUUGAUGAAAUCCGUAAGCACUGGGGUGGCGGUGUUGUCUCAAAUAAGUCGCAAGCCCGUGUUGCCAAGCUUGAAAAGGCUAAGGCGAAGGAGCUUCAACAGAAGGCUCAAAUUUAAAUGGACGUUCAUGAUCCACAGCAGUACUGAUCCGAGUAUUUUCCCAAAUAAAUUCGAGCAAAAAAAGGAUAGCUGUUGAUUAACUUAAAA